UUCACUUUAUUGCUCCUAUUUUUCACUGAUUUUAUCUUCAACUCUUUAUUCUUAUAAUCCAAGGGAGCAUGCUCAAAGGAAUGUGAACAUCUGCUACCCUUUGAUUCCUCCACGAUGAUGACAAUAACAGUUACAAGAAAGCUAGUAACUUCCUUGUUGUUACACGAGAAACACAUUUGAAAAGCACCCUUUAAUCACAAUAUCAUGCUGUUCUUAAAUCCAGCUUCCAAGCAUUUCAAAGUGCAUCCACAGAGAUUAGAGAUGAAGGUUAUGAUGAUGAGAGAAGCAAGGGAAUACUGCAAACCAUGCAUAGUGUCUCUCUUGCUCUUGUUCAUCUCCCUCUCCGGCGUCAUCCUUGGUUCUCACCUUAUCCGACACUUAACCAGGCUUCCGUCACUGGAUAUGAAGCUCUCAUCAUCACCUUCCUGUAACUGCAGUAGUGGUAGUAGUGUUUCUGAUGAUCUAUGGCAUACAAUGGAGGAUGAGGAGCUCUUGCAGAGAGCUUCAAUGGUGGUGCAUGACAAAGACUCUGAUUGCCAGAGACCAGAGAAGGUGGCCUUCUUGUUCUUAACCAGAGGGAGGCUUCCUUUGGGUCCUCUUUGGGAGAUGUUCUUUAUAGGACAAGAGAAGAAGUUGUUCUACUCCAUUUAUGUCCACCCAUCGCCGGAGUUCACUGAGGAACCACCAAAGAAUUCUGUCUUCUUCCGGCGAAGAAUACCAAGCAAGGCAGUUGAAUGGGGCAGGACAUCAAUGGUUGAUGCUGAGAGAAGACUUUUAGCCAAUGCACUGCUUGACUUAUCAAACCAGCACUUCAUCCUACUCUCAGAGACCUGCAUUCCUCUCUUCAACUUCAGCAUUGUUUACCAAUACAUCACCAAGUCCAGCCUCAGCUUCCUCAGCUCCUACGAUGACCCGAAAAAGACCGGCCGAGGCCGAUACAACAAGCUAAUGAUGCCCGUAGUGACACUCCAGCAAUGGCGCAAGGGAUCACAGUGGUUUCAUCUCCAGAGAAAACUAGCCAUUGAAGUGGUAUCAGAUCACAGGUACUACUUAGUGUUCAAACAACACUGCAGGCCUCCUUGUUACAUGGACGAACACUAUCUCCCAACUUUAGUGACCAUGUUCUUCCCUGAAUGCAACUCUAAUAGAAGCAUCACCUUUGUGGAUUGGUCCAGAGGAGGAUCACAUCCAGUUACAUUCAAGCACAGGGAUGUUUCAGAGAAACUUCUGCAGAGCAUCAGGCAUGGGAGUAACUGCAUUUACAAUGGACACAGGACAACACUCUGUUUUCUCUUCGCUAGAAAGUUUGAUCAUAGUACUUUGGGUCCACUUGUUAAGAUUGCACCAACUAUUCUUGGUCUAGAUCUCUAAAGUCAUAGAAAUGUUGCAUCAUUGUGCUUUUUAGCAUUGAUUACCAAACAGAUGUCACUAGGAAAUACCUCUGAUGUGUAGUUGGCCAAACUAGCCGGCCAUGUAUGUAUACCUAUAUGAGUUUAACAUGCCAAAUGGCA